CAGGCUAUCUCAUAGCGUUCAUUUCGAUGUAGGUCAGACGACGCCAGUGUCCUAUUGUAAUAGUACUGGCUUCAAGGUGUUUUCUGAAUCGUACCUGAACUGCUAACGACUGGAUCCGGGAGCCUAGAUCAAAUUUGGAUAAUAACAGGGUCUUGUUUGAUCAAAAAGGGCCGGGCUCCUAUAAUACUCAGACAAGAUCACACCCUGCCUCUGUUCCACUUUUACCCCCAUCGUCAUUCCUAGGACGCCAUGGGUGAAUUUUCACGUAGAACACUUGAAGUGGCCAGGUCGUUGGUGGGCAGAGCAGCUCCUGGACAGGGAGGGGUAUUCUCUGGCGACAAUCCAUCUGAAUACAACUCAAGCGAUCCCAUUCGUUUGUGGGUCAUUCAAUUAGUGAUAAUUAUUUCUAUGACUCAGCUCCUCGCGCUCAUAUUUUCACGUAUUCGCCAACCUCGUGUAAUUGCCGAAGUCAUCGGUGGUGUUAUUCUCGGGCCAACAGUGAUGGGCAGAAUUCCAGGAUUCAAGAAUACUAUUUUCCCAGACGCCGGGAUGCCCUCGCUCAACCUCACCGCCAACAUUGGCCUAGUCCUGUUCCUGUUCUUGGUCGGGCUAGAAAUUGACACGCGACUAAUAAAGAGAAACAUAAAAGCCUCAUUUUCCGUCUCCGUCGCUGGAUUGUUAUUACCAUUAGGGCUCGGUGCUGCGCUUGGCGUAGGCGUGUACCGCGAGUUCAUACGUCCGAGCGUUAACUUUGGCUACUUUGUCCUCUUCACUGCAGUUGCUGUUGGUAUUACUGCGUUCCCGGUCUUGUGUCGUAUCCUGACGGAGUUGAAACUCCUGGAUACGCCUGUCGGAGUGGUGACCCUAUCCGCAGGGAUUGCGCUCGUCAAUGCCUCCUCCGGCCUCACCGCGCUAUGGGUACUACUUACCAGCGUCGGCUACGUGAUAUUCUUAAUGUUUCCGGUUAAGUGGGCGUACGUCUGGUUGUGCAGGAGGACAGGAAGCUUGGACCAAGGCUCGCCGACGGCGUUGACGAUGACUGUGACUCUGCUUAUCGUCUUCAUAUCUGCGUUCUUCACAGAUAUCAUUGGAGUUCAUGCUAUCUUCGGUGGGUUCUUGGCGGGUCUUAUCAUUCCUCACGAAAAUGGCUUUGCGAUUUCAUUGGUGGAAAAGAUUGAAGAUUUGGUUAUCAUUCUGUUCUUACCUCUCUACUUCGCCUUAUCCGGGUUGAGGACCAAUCUUGGAUUGCUCGACAAUGGCAUCACUUGGGGCUACACCAUCCUCAUUUGCCCAGCAUUUGCAAAUGGUUUCAACUGGCGUGAAGCGGGAGCUAUCGGAUCUCUAAUGAGUUGCAAAGGUCUGGUCGAGCUCAUCGUGCUCAACGUUGGCCUCCAAGCUGGCGUUUUGGAUACUCGCACCUUCUCCAUGUUCGUUGUUCACGCAAUCAUCUUGACGUUCAUCACGACACCUCUUGUUCUGUUGUUUUACCCUGCGAGAGUUCGUGUUCACGAUUCUGGAGCCAAAGAUGCUGCUGGUUUACCUCGCAAGUCUUCUUCUGACGAUGAAGUGAGGACCAGGUUUGCGGUUGUGCUAGACAAGAUUGAACAGCUCCCGGCUGUGAUGACGCUGUCUCAGCUCUUACAGCCAUCUUCCACUUCAACGGAUACUUUUGUCUCAUCAUCUGACGAGAAAGGGUCGUCUUUGGAAGAGCGAAGUUCCAGUCUACUACCUCGGAUAUCCAUCGACGCUCUUCGCCUCAUCGAGCUCACGAAUCGUACCUCGGCCAUGAUGCAAUCCACAGAAUCGGAGUCCUUGUUACAAAGCGAUUCCGUUGUAUCCAUUUUCCGCACCUUUGGUCGCCUUAACAGACUGGUUGUUUCCGCAGCCCUCUCUGUCACACCUUACGAUGAAUUCCCGACUGCCAUCUGCCAACCAUGCGCACGUAAUCCUUUCGACGGUGUCUUCCAAAAGUCAUUUACCCAAGACCAUACGAGCUCUGUCCAGCUCAUCCUACCCUUCUUUGGAGGACCGGACGAUAGGCUGGCGCUGCAGUUCUUGGUACAGCUGUGUGGUACCGUGGUUUGGAUACACAAGACAGAUAAUCUCUUGACGCCCACGAGCACAACGGGAGACGACGCUGCGAGCGACACGGCGGAUAACUUGAUCUGGAACAAGUAUACCUCGUUGUAUGGUCAUGCGCCGGCUAUUGCAUCUGCGCUGUCGAGGAUAACGUUCGCUACACAAGAAGCCAGCGGACCGUUGCAUGCUGUUUUGGACCUCGUCAAUGCGCAGCACGGGAGCGCAAACGUUAUUGUGAUGAUGGGUAGGUCGAGGCGGAUGGCUGUAGAGUCGCAUAAGAGGGAGCUGGCGCGUAUCGUGGCGGAGAAGGGUGCUUCCAUUGGGUCGUCCGCUGCGAAAACUUUGGGUGAUGUCGGCGCUGCGCUUGUAGCUGACGGCGCCAAGGCCAGUCUGCUGGUUCUCCAGGCUGCUAUUGCUGCAUCAUGAGUUCUUCUUGGGUGUUGGGACGGUCAUAUGCAUACAUACCAUGACUUGAUGUACUAUUUUUUAUGAAUAACGACUUCUGUACAGUACUGUAUAUCAUUCAUUGAAUAACGACGAUGCUAGGAUUUCUUG